CUCAUUCACACCAUUCCAUGACAAUACUUCUCCAGGAAUAGGAGCAUAGCUGCCUUUAAAACUCAAGGGAAAAAAAGAAAAGGAAGACAAAGAGAGAAUAGAGCAACACUUGCUAUCAGAAUUUAUAUAUUUAAAAGCAGAGGAUAUUGAGCAAAUUCCAACAGAUCAAUUAUUUAUUUCAAUAUGAGUAAUAACGCACAGUUAUUAUCCAGUGGGUCAGAAGUCUAUGCCAAGAAGCGCAAGGCACGGAAGGAGCAGGUUGCCGAGGUGACAUUCGAUACCGAAGCUAGAAAAGAGUAUUUGACAGGAUUCCAUAAGCGUAAAGUUCAUCGUCAGAAUGUUGCUCGCGAGAUUGCUAAAAAGAAGGAACAUGAAGAAAAACUGGAAGCUCGCAAAGAGGCAAGAGCUGCUAGGAAAGAGAUGCAAGAAGAAAAGCUCAAAGAGUAUGAGAAAUACAGAAGACAAUUGAAGAUCAAGUAUGGUGAACCGCUUAGUGAUGAAGAAGAAGACAAGAGUGUUUUUUCUGGAGAUGAACAAGAGGGUAAUGAAAGCGGUAGUGAUGAUGAAAAGGUUAAAGGACAGAAGACAAAACCAAAGAAAUCAGAGUUCAAGACCAAGACAUCUCUUACGACUGUAACAGUGAUCGAAGAUAUGAAUCAGGAUGAUGGGUUAUUUGGGUUACCAAAAAAUAACACCGCUACGAUGGAAAAGAAUCAAAAGAAGAAAUCAAAGGGUUCAUCAGCUUCAUCAGGAACAAAUGCUAAGGACAAUGAUAAUGAUGACGACGAUGAGGGUGAGAAUGAUAGUGAUAGGAAGAGGCGGAAGAUCGGCUCAUCCUCAGCUACCACGCUGAAAGGUGCCAACAAGAUCAAGAAUGCCAAGGAGAAGAAGAAAUUCCGAUAUGAAGGAAAGAUGCAGCGCAAGAUCACAGCCAUUAAAGAUAGAUCACGAAGCAAUAGAUCAUCAGGUGGACGUGAAGAUCGUGGCAAGAAAAAUGGUCGUGGCCGUGGCCGUCGGUGAAUUAAAAAAGAAAAGCUUCAACUCAUUAUCAGCAAGCAGCAAAUCAAUAAUUACCAACAUUACGAUUUGUCCCUAUUCUUCCAUGAAUUAUACAGGAUUAGAUUAUAUUUCUACAGAACAGUUGUUAC